CAUUGUGUAAGACGCGACCUGUUAUGGCCACCACUACUUCCGGGUUCUAGCAUUCUGGUCGGAAUCCACCUCUCCGCCUGUGCAACACACACUUUACACACGCACGGGGACUGCAAGCGGGCAGCAUCGAUCGUGGCUCCUUUAAGACAAACUCAGACAGACAUUUUUUUUAACCCUCCUCCUCUAAUCUCCCUCCAGUGCAGCAGUUGCAAAGAGGGAGAGAGAGAGAGAGAGAAAGAGAAAGAGAGCGAGCGAGAGAAGAGAGAAACUGAUUAGGAAUUAGGACUGAUUCAAGGGAAGCGAGCGCUAGGGCUUUGUGCAUUUGAAUAUUAACAUUUGAGGUGUUCUGACCAGAAGAAGACAGAGCGGAUGAUCAUUCAUUCACCACGUUGACAACCUCGCCUGUGAUUGACAGCCGGAGUGGCAGAAAGCCAUGAGAUUUGGUAGUUGGGUCUGAGGGGCGCUUUUUUUUUAAACUGAUUUUUUGGGGAGAGAAGAUCUGCUUUUUUUUUUUUUUUUUUGCCUCCGCUGCUGUCUUGGAAACGGAGCGCUUUUAUGCUCAGUGACUCGGGCGAUUUGCUUCAGGUCCCGUAGACCGAAGAUCUGGGACCAGUAGCUCACGUUGCUGGAGACGUUAAGGGAUUUUUCGUCGUGCUUUUCAUUUUUUUUUUUUCCGGGGGAGUUUGCGUAUUUGUUUCUUUUCACACUGGCCUUAAAGAGGAUAUAUUAGAAGUUGAAAUAGGAAGGGAGCCAGGGAGGCCGAUGGCGCAAAGGUACGACGACCUACCCCAUUACGGGGGCAUGGAUGGAGUAGGCAUCCCCUCCACGAUGUAUGGGGACCCGCACGCGGCCAGGUCCAUGCAGCCGGUCCACCACCUGAACCACGGGCCUCCUCUGCACUCGCAUCAGUACCCGCACACAGCUCACACCAACGCCAUGGCUCCCAGCAUGGGUUCCUCCGUCAAUGACGCUUUAAAGAGAGAUAAAGAUGCCAUUUAUGGACACCCCCUCUUCCCUCUCUUAGCACUGAUUUUUGAGAAAUGUGAAUUAGCUACUUGUACCCCCCGCGAGCCGGGGGUGGCGGGCGGGGACGUCUGCUCCUCAGAGUCAUUCAAUGAAGAUAUAGCCGUGUUCGCCAAACAGAUUCGCGCAGAAAAACCUCUAUUUUCUUCUAAUCCAGAACUGGAUAACUUGAUGAUUCAAGCCAUACAAGUAUUAAGGUUUCAUCUGUUGGAAUUAGAGAAGGUACACGAAUUAUGUGACAAUUUCUGCCACCGGUAUAUUAGCUGUUUGAAAGGGAAAAUGCCUAUCGAUUUGGUGAUAGACGAUAGAGAAGGAGGAUCAAAAUCAGACAGUGAAGAUAUAACAAGAUCAGCAAAUCUAACCGACCAGCCCUCUUGGAACCGAGAUCACGACGACACGGCAUCUACCCGCUCAGGAGGAACCCCGGGCCCGUCCAGCGGCGGCCACACAUCACAUAGCGGGGACAACAGCAGUGAGCAAGGUGAUGGCUUGGACAACAGUGUAGCUUCCCCCAGCACAGGUGACGAUGAUGAUCCAGAUAAGGACAAAAAGCGUCACAAAAAGCGUGGCAUCUUUCCCAAAGUAGCCACAAAUAUCAUGAGGGCGUGGCUGUUCCAGCAUCUAACACACCCUUACCCUUCUGAAGAACAGAAAAAGCAGUUGGCACAAGACACGGGACUCACCAUCCUUCAAGUGAACAACUGGUUUAUUAAUGCCCGGAGAAGAAUAGUGCAACCCAUGAUAGACCAGUCCAACCGAGCAGUAAGUCAAGGAACCCCUUAUAACCCCGAUGGACAGCCAAUGGGAGGUUUUGUAAUGGAUGGUCAGCAACACAUGGGGAUCAGAGCGCCAGGACCUAUGAGUGGAAUGGGCAUGAAUAUGGGCAUGGAGGGGCAGUGGCACUACAUGUAACCUUCAUCUAGUUAACCAAUCGCAAAGCCAGGGGGAAGGCUGCAAAGUAUGCCAGGGGAGUAUGUAGCCCGGGGUGGUCCAAUGGGUGUGAGUAUGGGACAGCCAAGUUAUACCCAACCCCAGAUGCCCCCCCAUCCUGCUCAGCUGCGUCAUGGGCCCCCCAUGCACACGUACAUUCCUGGACACCCUCACCACCCAACAGUGAUGAUGCAUGGAGGACCGCCCCACCCUGGAAUGCCAAUGUCAGCAUCAAGCCCCACGGUUCUUAAUACAGGAGACCCAACAAUGAGUGGACAAGUCAUGGACAUUCAUGCUCAGUAGCUUAAGGGAAUAUGCAUUGUCUGCAAUGGUGACUGAUUUCAAAUCAUGUUUUUUCGGCAAUGACUGUGGAGUUCCAUUCUUGGCAUCUACUUUGGACCAAGGAGCAUCCCUAAUUCUUCCUAGGGACUCUUAAAAAGCAGGAAAUACCAACUGAAGUCAAUCUGGGGGACAUGCUAAAUAACUAUAUAAGACAUUAAGAGAACAAAGAGUGAACUAUUGUAAAUGCUAUUAUACUGUUAUCCAUAUUACGUUGUUUCUUAUAGAUUUUUUAAGAAAAAUGUGAAAUUUUUCCACACUAUGUGUGUUGUUUCCAUAGCUCUUCACUUCCUCCAGAAGCCUCCUUACAUUAAAAAGCCUUACAGUUAUCCUGCAAGGGACAGGAAGGUCUGAUUUGCAGGAUUUUUAGAGCAUUAAAAUAAUUAUCAGGCAGAAGAAUCUUUCUUCUCGCCUAGGAUUUCAGCCAUGCGCGGUCUCUCUCUCUCUCUCUCUCUCUCUCUCUCUCUCUUUUCCUCUCUCUCUCCCUCUCUCUCUAGCCUGGGGCUUGAAUUUGCAUGUCUAAUUCAUUUACUCACCAUAUUUGAAUUGGCCUGAACAGAUGUAAAUCGGGAAGGAUGGGAAAAACUGCAGUCAUGAACAAUGAUUAAUCAGCUGUCGCAGGCAGUGUCUUAAGGAGACUGGUAGGAGGAGGCAUGGAAACCAAAAGGCCGUGUGUUUAGAAGCCUAAUUGUCACAUCAAGCGUCAUUGUCCCCAUGCAACAACCACCACCUUACACAUCACUUCCUGUUUUAUGCAGCUCAAAAACAUAGACUGAAGAUUUAUUUUUAAUAUGUUGACUUUAUUUCUGAGCAAAGCAUCGGUCAUGUGUGUAUUUUUCCAUAGUCCCACCUUGGAGCAUUUAUGUAGACAUUGUAAAUAAAUUUUGUGCAAAAAGGACUGGAAAAAUGAACUGUAUUAUUGCAAUUUUUUUUUUUUUGUAAAAGUAGCAGUUUGGUAUGAGUUGGCAUGCAUACAAGAUUUACUAAGUGGGAUAAGCUAAUUAUACUUUUUGUUGUGGAUAAACAAAUGCUUGUGGAUAGCCUUUUUCUAUCAAGAAACCAAGGAGCUAAUUAUUAAUAACAAUCAUUGCACACUGAGUCUUAGAGUUUCUGACGGAAACAGUUUGGAUUGUAUAAUAACGCCAAGCCCAGUUGUAGUCGUUUGAGUGCAGUAAUGAAAUCUGAAUCUAAAAUAAAAACAAGAUUAUUUUUGUCA